UAUGUCUAAAUCAAGAAACGCGUUCUUCUUCUAGCCCCAGCUCUUUAAAUGUGAAAUGAAAAAGUUUACUCUAUAAAUGGAAGCGCUACCAAAGUCCAACUUUAAAACUACCAUGUUGUGACUAAAACUCCUUCGACGUGUUUAUGCUAGCUUUCAUUGUAGAGUAUAAAAAGCAGAGUAACGUAUCAUCUUCAACAUUGCUGAGGAAGUCGCAAGUCGAAAGUUCUUCACAAUGAAUUCCUUUGUCUUGAUCCUUCUGACGCUGAGUGCAGCUUCUGCCUCUAUGCGUCUUGGCUACGAGAAAGGCAAGCGAUACACGUACAACUACCAAACUGAUGUGACCCAUGCUGUUCGGAGCGGAUCGGCGAAGACCCUGGGACUGAGAGUAAAGUGCCAGGCACAUCUUGAUGUCCUAAAGACGAAGCCGAAGGCCCAGUUUCAAUUUACGCUGGAAAACAUUCAAGUUCUACAAGUCACAGGAGACCACAAACAACAACAGGAGAAGGCGUUAGAUGCAAAGAUGGCAGCCGCCAUGCAACAGAGACUCGGCCUACCCGUGAGAGUGGCUCUGAAGGGCGAUAACUGUAUCAAGCAGGUCAACGCGCAUCCUCAGGAUGAGGAAUGGUCGCUGAACAUCAAACGCGGGCUCGUGAACCUGUUCCAGAUCGCUCCGCGACAAGUUGAUAAAAAGGGCCGUGACAGAGAUUUUGUUAAUCAGCUUGAGACUACAGCCGUGGGCGAUUGCCAGGUGUCGUACGCCAUUGUGCGUGACAACGGUCAGUCUGACGGAGAGGGUGCCCAACAGUUUGCCAAGGUUACCAAGGUGAUCAACUACCAGAAAUGCCAAAACCGUCCGGAAUUCAGGCAGUACACCUUCAACGCAGAGAAAUGCGAAAAGUGUCAACAGGUAAUGUGUUGGAGUAGUCCAUGGCUUUUUGGUAAUUUUGAACAGAUCAAGAGUAAAGAAAUAUCACCAUAUACGUCUUCACUGUCACACCUUCUUCAACAGAGCACUGGCUAUGCCCCAUACCACCGUUCGGCUGGUCAGAUUGAACACACACUAACUGGCUCUGCCAAGGCGGGUUACAUAAUCAAAACAACACAAGCUGUCGAGGAGCACGUGGUCACUCCAUUCUCUCGUUCAGAUGGCCAAGUGACCGCUAGAGCCAGGCAAUGCCUCGAGUACCAGGGCACGGCUGCAGCUGGGCAAGCUGUGGCCACACUGAUAAAGGAGACAACUCACAGACUUGUAGUUGAGAAUCCUGAGAAACUAGCUCGACAGAACGCUCAAUGGCAAGAAGAACUAGCUAAACAGGCGGAAGCUACUGUAACCGAUAUGCGCGCAGCAAUUCAACAGCGAUCGGGUCACCAGGCUGCGGAGAAGUUUGCAAACUUGGUGGCGCAGUUGAGACAGUGCAACGAAGCAACUUUGAGGAAACUGGCUGAUAUGAUGCUGGCACGGCAGGACCAACCCGAGGGGAAGUUCUGCAUUGAUGCACUGGCCUACGCGGGCACCGCUGAGGCAGCCCAAGUCUUGUGGGAGAAGUUUAAAGAACAGAAACUAAACAAACCAGAUGACCUCAAACGAGUGUUCCUGGGACUAGCAUCAGCUUCGAGACCCACCGCUGCCCACGUCAAUAUUGUUUGGGCACUAUGUAACCACGCUAAAGUACACGAGGACGCGUCAUGCCGCCGCCAGUGCAUGCUGACGUUCGGGGCCCUGGUACACAGGAUCAAGCAGAGACCCAGUCUCCAGCAGGACACCAAAGCCAAGGCUGCCUGCAAGGAAUGCAUCCAGAAAAUUAAGGACCUCCUUGCCAGCGAACAAACCAAAGCGGAUGAGAAGGUGAUGUACAUACAAGCUCUUGGGAACGCGGCAAGCACCGAAGCAAGAGAACAAUUACAAGGCAUCCUGGAGAACCGCAAACAGGAUCUGCGGAUCAGAGUGGAAUGUGUGUGGGCUCUCAGGCGCAUCCUUCCGGCGGCCAGAGAAAAAGCUACUCGACGGCUGAUUUCUGUCUUUGCUGACGCUAGAGAAAGCCCUGAACUACGCAUGGCCAUUUUCAGUUUACUGCUGAACUCUGAACCCAACUUUCCAACACUGCAAGCUGUCGCGAACAUCGUGAAACGAGAGAUUACUAACCCGAUCCAGGGCCCCCGCAGUAACCAAGUGGCCUCGUUCGUUAUAUCACAUCUGUGGGCCCUUGCCUAUCAUAACAACGUUUUGACAAAGAGAAGGUCAAUGCAGGCUCGCCUAGCCCUCCGUCUAAUGCCUAGGAUGAGCUAUGGACUGGAUUACUCCAAAGGAAUGCGAUUUGCUUAUCAUUCAGAAAAGUUUCAAGCCGGAUUUGAGUUGGAGGCGAACAAAAUGAACGUACCAGACAGCAUGCUGCCUCGAAACAUGAAUGCAAGGAUCCAGCUGAACAUGAUGGGCUACAAGAUGAACGCUUUAGAGUUUGGCGCCCGAAUCGAAAACAUGGAUCAAAUCAUUGAACAAGUGAUAUCCGAAGUCCGCAAGCGACACAAGCGAUCUUUAUGGGGUAACAUGCUCUUGUGGCUGAACGAAGAGUCCUCAGGUGAUGAAGAAGAAGAGGUUAAGAAACCAACCAGGCGUCCCACAAAACAUUCGACCAAAGCUACUAUCUUUUCUCGACCCUCCGUACAAUCUACACGCCGUGCAGCCAGCAAAAAGAGCACGCGACCCUCAUCUCGUCCCAUGUCGUCGCGGCCCACGGCAACUUAUAGACCUUCAACCCAACAAGAUCCUUCAUCCCCAGACUCCGACGGCCAAAAGUGCCCUCAACACAUGUCGGCUUACAUGAAGCUGUUCGGGGAUGAAGUGAAGUACAUGGAAUUCAAACAAGAGAACAUCAAACAGUUUGGACAGGGCAUUGCUGAUCUUCUUAUGGGAAAGAGAGAUAAAAUUGAAUACGCUGACGCAGGAAUCGUUAUUACAACGAAGGGAGUCCAAUUUACCCAGAGACUAGAGAAAGCGUUCCAGCUUGCCAAUGCCCGUCGUAUGGUACCCACCCUGUGCGGUGUCCCCCUUGAUUUCCAAUAUCGAUCCGCGGCAGUUGUCAAGGCGACCGCCAAAGCAAACAUGGACGUUGAACCAUCUAUAACCAGCCUUCUACAGUUCCAGAAACUAACCGGCAAUGCGGAGAUCACACCAAACAUUGGCGCUCACGAACAUCAGCAAGUUGGAAUCCACACGCCAUACUUACGCAUGGGACUACAGGUGAAAGCCGCUGCACAAGCUAACCCUGAUCAGAAUUUUGGUGUGACCUUCCAGGCUGGCAAGGAAUACACCAUUAAUUAUAAUCUACCACAACAACAACGUGACAUCCUUCACAUAAAAUACGACACGCAAGCAUAUGUCCAACAGAAGAAUCCAGAGAACUGCAAGAUAACUCAUGAGCAGGUUUCCAUGGAUUUUAAGACGCCUCACCUCAAAAAGAUCCAAAAGACCUGCAAAGGACAGAACUAUUUUGGAGUGCAGUGGUGCGUAGAAGGACAAGUCCCAGACCUUCCCGUGUUGAGGCUUGAGCAAGUCCCAGCCUUCCCAACCGUUGCUUUGACUGAAUUGCGCGUUACCAUGGCUCCCGCCGCAGACAAACCGACCGCUGUACACUGGAAACAUGAGGUGGACAAAAAUGACGAGAAAGAGAUUCAAGUCCGCGGCCAAAUUGACGCUUCCUCAGGAACAGUAGCUCGUCAAAUCCCGUACACGAUAACUUACACCAAAGCAAACCAGCAACUGGUGAUACGGGUGGAUGGCACAAAAGCACCCGGAUGUGAAAAUUGCAUGCUCACAUGCACUGUCAACCGUCAGACAAUGACAUUGCAGUUUGGAAGAGGGAAACUUCAGUACCAGGUCUCCGCGACUGGACAAGUUCAAGACCAGGGCAAGACUUUGCGCCUGCAGUUUGAUUGGACAGAGGUCCCUGAGGAAUGGAGAAGAUUUUUCUACAACUGGGAGCCACAGAUCUGUUAUUUGCUUCAGCAGUUCGCUUGGGUGAGGCGAUCAGAACAAUACACCAAGCAAGUGGCAAUUAAAUUUGCGCUCACCUCACCGAUGACAGCCGAUAUGAGAAUCAAGACUCCGGACGCAAUGGCUGAGAGAACUGACCUCGCUCUACCCUUGAGAAUUGAGCGUUUUCCUUCAUCCCUCCAGGAAAUCAAAAAUUCCUUCUAUGCCCAGUGCGAGAUGCAGGAUGACACCGUGAAGGUCUUUGAUAACUUACAGUACAAGCACAACAUCAAGGGUGGUGGCUGUCCUUACGUCUUGGUUCAGGAUCACAGGAAAGGCAAAGAGUGUAGAAUCCGGCUUACCGUAAUGAUCGACAAACAAGGCCAGAAAACUGUCAAGGCGACAAUUCUACAACCGUCCGAAAAGUCCGUCAUAAUCAAACCAGACCAAACCAUUUUGAUUGAUGGACAGCAAGCGGAUUGCUCUCAAAAGGCUUGUGAAUUAAAACAGGGCGGAACCACCGUCGCUGAGGUACGGACGUCUGACGGAAAGACUCAGCUUUCAACCGAGUUUGGCCUGCACGCUACAAUCGAAGGCCAGCGGAUCCAGGUGUUCGCCUCGCCUCUUCUGCGCAGCCGUGUACGCGGGCUGUGUGGUGACGCUGAUGGAGAGCAGUGGAAUGAGUACAAAGAUCCACAAGACUGCGUCCAGGAACUGAGUAAAUUCAUUCAGUCUUGGCAGCAAAAAUGUUAAAGAAACGAUAAACCAACACCAGACCUGACCAGACCAGCAAUGACGACCGGAAAAUGACCUUCUCAAUUUAAUUAUUCGCAUUUUAGUUUUAGAUUUAGCCUGCGUAGCAGACAUUUCCAAAGCCACGCAAAGGGAACGAACCUGCGAGCGAGUGCCAAGUGCGAGUUCCCCACUCCUCCCCCCUUCUUACUCACCCCCUCCCCUCCCCACCUCUCCUUAUUCUUUGCUUGCCCAAGGCGCGUUCGUUUACUCACUCAUCUUGCUCGAUCUCCUCGCCUGGAAAAUGAAAAGGAAAGGAAUCGUGUGCCACGCAGGCUACUUUAGAGUUUGAAAUGUCUUUAUAAAGACAAACAAACGUUAACAUAGUGCUAUUUUUUUCUCACUUACGAGCCAAGCUGCUUGGAGCGUUUGAAUGCUCUAAGACUAUUUUUGCUGUCAGUAUUGGGAUGUUAAAGUUGUGUGAUGGGAUAGUCAAAUAAAUGUUCAAGCAUUCA